CCUCCCUAGCGCCCACGGGGAGGGUUGGUAAGCUCUCAAGAGCCCACGCGAGGGGACGGGGGAGGUCCGGCCUUCCUCUCCCGGCUUCCCCAGCGGUGGCACCUGCAGCUGCGGCCCGAGGAACACGCGCCUGGAAGCCAAGGUCGCGGGCACGUGAACGCGACCUGCAGCCGGUGGGUGCUGGGUCCCGCUAAGCGGCCUCGAGUGGCGCCCCGCCCUUUCCCCCGAGAGGGGCGGACCUUCCGCCCCCGGCCGCGGCGCAAUGCGGAAGAGCUGGGCCUGCUGGAGCGGAAGUGACGCUUCCGGCGGCGGGGACGGCGGUGGCUGCGGGAGGAGGAGGAGGAGCCGGAGGAAGAGGGCUGCCUCUGAAGAAAGGAGAAUGGCGUUCAGCAAAGGAUUUCGGAUCUAUCACAAAUUGGAUCCCCCACCUUUCAGCGUCAUGGUGGAAACUCGGCAUAAGGAAGAAUGUCUCAUGUUUGAGUCUGGGGCUGUAGCCGUGCUCUCAUCUGCAGAAAAAGAGGCAAUCAAGGGUACAUACUCCAAAGUAAUGGAUGCAUAUGGACUCUUAGGUGUUUUACGAUUAAAUCUUGGUGAUACUAUGUUACAUUAUCUGGUCCUAGUCACUGGAUGUAUGUCUGUUGGGAAAAUUCAAGAAUCUGAAGUUUUCCGCGUUACUUCCACCGAGUUUAUACCACUAAGAAUUGAUUCUUCAGAUGAGGAUCGCAUUUCAGAAGUGCGAAAAGUUUUGAAUUCAGGAAACUUCUAUUUUGCAUGGUCUGCAUCUGGAAUCAGUUUAGAUCUGAGUCUUAAUGCACAUCGUAGCAUGCAGGAGCACACCACUGAUAACAGAUUUUUCUGGAAUCAAUCUUUGCACUUGCAUCUCAAGCACUACGGUGUGAAUUGUGAUGACUGGUUAUUACGUCUCAUGUGUGGAGGAGUAGAAAUCAGGACAAUUUAUGCUGCUCAUAAACAGGCAAAGGCUUGCCUCAUUUCAAGACUGAGCUGUGAACGAGCUGGGACCAGGUUUAAUGUCCGGGGAACAAAUGAUGAUGGACAUGUUGCUAAUUUUGUAGAAACAGAACAGGUUGUAUACUUAGAUGACUCUGUUUCUUCCUUCAUACAAAUCCGGGGAUCUGUUCCGUUGUUCUGGGAGCAACCAGGUUUGCAAGUGGGAUCCCACCGUGUUCGUAUGUCAAGGGGAUUUGAAGCUAAUGCACCUGCUUUUGACAGGCAUUUUAGAACACUUAAGAGUUUAUAUGGUAAACAAAUAAUAGUAAAUUUGCUUGGGUCCAAGGAAGGUGAACAUAUGCUAAGUAAGGCUUUUCAGAGUCAUUUGAAAGCUUCUGAACAUGCUGCUGAUAUCCAGAUGGUGAAUUUUGACUAUCAUCAAAUGGUUAAAGGAGGAAAAGCAGAAAAAUUACACAGUGUUCUUAAACCUCAAAUCCAAAAGUUUGUAGAUUAUGGAUUUUUUUAUUACAAUGGAAGUGACAUUCAAAGGUGCCAGAGUGGUACAGUUAGAACAAACUGCUUGGAUUGUCUUGAUAGAACAAACAGCGUGCAGGCAUUCCUUGGUUUAGAGAUGCUAACUAAACAGCUGGAAGUUCUUGGCUUGGCUGAAAAGCCUCAGUUGGUGACUCGCUUUCAAGAAGUUUUUCGGUCAAUGUGGUCAGUGAAUGGCGAUUCAAUCAGUAAGAUUUAUGCAGGAACCGGAGCUCUUGAAGGGAAGGCCAAGUUAAAAGAUGGUGCCCGUUCUGUUACCAGAACAAUUCAGAAUAAUUUCUUUGACAGCUCCAAGCAAGAGGCCAUUGAUAUUUUGCUGCUUGGAAAUACUCUUAAUAGUGAUUUAGCUGACAAAGCUCGAGCACUCUUAACUACUGGAAGUUUGCGUGUUUCUGAACAGACGUUACAGUCAGCGUCUUCUAAAGUACUAAAGAGUAUGUGUGAGAAUUUCUACAAGUAUUCAAAGCCCAAGAAAAUUCGAGUAUGUGUUGGAACCUGGAAUGUGAAUGGUGGGAAGCAGUUUCGCAGCAUAGCUUUUAAGAAUCAGACACUCACUGACUGGCUGCUUGAUGCACCCAAGUUAGCUGGCAUCCAGGAGUUUCAAGAUAAAAGAAGUAAGCCAACUGAUAUAUUUGCAAUUGGUUUUGAAGAAAUGGUAGAGUUGAAUGCUGGAAAUAUUGUGAAUGCAAGCACAACUAAUCAGAAGCUCUGGGCUGUGGAACUUCAGAAGACUAUCUCCAGAGACAACAAGUAUGUGCUGCUGGCUUCUGAACAGUUGGUGGGCGUCUGCCUCUUUGUUUUUAUCAGACCCCAGCAUGCUCCCUUUAUCAGGGAUGUUGCAGUUGAUACUGUGAAGACUGGAAUGGGAGGUGCAACUGGAAACAAGGGGGCAGUUGCAAUACGAAUGCUAUUCCACACAACAAGCCUUUGCUUUGUCUGCAGCCACUUUGCUGCAGGGCAAUCACAAGUCAAAGAAAGAAAUGAAGAUUUUGUAGAAAUAGCUCGAAAAUUGAGUUUUCCUAUGGGAAGGAUGCUGUUUUCUCAUGAUUAUGUAUUUUGGUGUGGUGAUUUCAACUAUCGAAUUGAUCUCCCUAAUGAAGAAGUUAAAGAGCUCAUAAGACAGCAAAAUUGGGAUUCUCUUAUAGCAGGAGAUCAACUUAUCAAUCAGAAAAAUGCUGGGCAGAUUUUUAGAGGAUUUUUAGAAGGAAAAAUGACUUUUGCUCCAACAUACAAAUAUGAUUUGUUUUCUGACGACUAUGACACCAGUGAAAAAUGCCGCACCCCUGCAUGGACAGACCGUGUCCUCUGGAGAAGAAGGAAAUGGCCUUUUGAUAGAUCAGCUGAAGAUUUAGAUCUUCUAAAUGCUAGUUUUCAAGAUGAAAGCAAAGUCGUCUACACCUGGACUCCUGGCACUUUGCUGCACUAUGGAAGAGCCGAGCUGAAGACUUCUGACCAUAGGCCUGUCGUUGCCAUGAUUGAUAUAGAUAUAUUUGAAGUUGAAGCUGAAGAAAGGCAAAACAUUUAUAAAGAAGUAAUCACAGUACAGGGCCCACCAGAUGGUACAGUAAUGGUCUCAAUCAAAAGUUCUUUACCAGAAAAUAAUUUUUUUGAUGAUGCUCUGAUUGAUGAGCUUCUCCAGCAGUUUGCAAAUUUUGGUGAAGUUAUACUCAUAAGAUUUGUAGAAGAUAAAAUGUGGGUUACAUUUUUGGAAGGAAGCUCGGCCUUGAGUGUUCUGAGCCUAAAUGGGAAAGAGUUAUUGGGUCGUGCUAUAACCAUUACUUUAAAAAGUCCAGACUGGAUCAAAACUUUGGAAGAAGAAAUGAGUUUAGAGAAAAUUAGUGUUCUGUUGCCAUCCUCAACAAGCUCUACCCUGCUUGGUGAAGAUGCGGAGGUCACCGCAGAUUUCGACAUGGAAGGUGAUGUUGAUGACUAUAGUGCUGAAGUAGAAGAAAUUCUUCCCCAGCACCUCCAGCCAUCUUCAAGUUCUGGCCUUGGCACUUCCCCAAGCUCUUCACCCCGGACCAGUCCCUGCCAGUCUCCCACUAUAGCAGAGGCUCCUGUGCCUUCCCUUCCCGUAAGGCCAAGUCGAGCACCGUCAAGAACUCCCGGGCCUCCAAAUGCACAAAGUUCUCCUGUUGACGUUCAGGCCGCAACACUGCUGCAGCAGAAGGACUCUUCUCAGGCCUUAGAGCCCAAGCGGCCGCCUCCUCCCCGCCCGGUCGCGCCUCCUGCGCGGCCAACUCCCCCACAGAGACCACCACCCCCUUCAGGGGCUAGGAGUCCUGCACCUGCUAGAAAAGAAUUUGGAGGUGUUGGAGCCCCUCCCAGUCCUGGGGUAGCUAGGAGAGAGAUGGAAGCACCCAAAAGCCCUGGAACAACACGGAAAGAUAAUAUAGGACGUAAUCAGCCUUCACCUCAAGCUGGACUUGCAGGGCCAGGAUCUGCUGGAUACAGUGCAGCCAGACCGAUUAUUCCACCCCGUGCCGGAGUUAUUAGCGCCCCACAGAGCCAUGCUCGGGCAUCUGGUGGAAGACUGACUCCUGAAAGCCAAAGCAAACCCUCUGAAGCACCGAAAGGUUCAGCUGUCCUUCCAGAACCAUUGAAGCCUCAGGCUGCUCUUCCUGUGCAGCCUUCUCUGCCUCCACCUGUUGGAAAGAUGCAGGAGCCUCUUGUUCCUGUGACAGCACCUAUGCCUCAGGCUGCCCCCCAGCCAAAUCUAGAAGCGCCGCCACAACCACCACCUCGUAGCAGGUCAUCCCAUAGCUUGCCUUCAGAGUCUUCAUCACAGCAACAAGAAAAAACCAAUGGAGUCUCCGAUGUCAAACCAGGAUCCACACUGAAGAGUGACCCAUUUGAAGAUCUGUCAUUUAAUUUGCUUGCUGUAUCAAAGGCUCAGUUACCUGUCCAAACAGCAUCUGUUCUAACCCCAAACCUAAAGGGGUUGAUUCCUUUGCCUUCUGCAACACAAAGUAAUGUUAAUAUGCCGACUUCUAUAAGUUGCAUGCCAACAAUGCCUCCAAUUCCAGCCCGGAGUAAAUCCCGGGAAAAUAUGGAAAGUUCUCCAAAUCCAUUUAUUCCUAGCUUGACCAGCACAAAUCCUUCCACGGACAGGACUGCUGCUGCUGGAAACCCAUUUAGAGCUGAGUUUCAAGUAUCAGAGAUAACGUCAUGGUUCUCCCAAGAAGAGUCUGUUGCUAACAGUCCUUUCACAUCUGUGAAGCUUCUCUGUCAUACCGAAAGCAAGCCUUUCUCUUCACCUGAUGACUGUGAGGACAGUUUUGAUCUGCAGGGCCAAUCUACAUUUAAAACUAGCAAUCCAAAAGGAUGGGUAACCUUUGAGGAAGAAGAGGACUUUGGUGUGAAACAGAAGUCCAAGUCAACUUGUUGUCCAAGUUUACUAGAUAAUCAACCAAGUUCAUGUUCUGGCCCAAACUUGACUUUUGAUGAUGGCUAUAAUAAAGGUACAAAUGUUUCUUUCUGUGUGUUGCCAUCAAGACCACCACCUCCACCUCCUGUCCCUCUGCUACCAUCCAUUAUCACCCCUCUAGUAGAUCCUUUCACAACCUCGGCAUCUAAGGCUUCACCCACACCAGAUUUUACAGAAAGAUGAUGAUAUGCAAUAGAAAACAGUUGUUUUAGUUUGGGCAGGGUACAGCCAAAAGAAUUGGGCAUUAGUUAUUCAUUAAGUGCAAUAAAUAAUUGUUAAGCGCACUGAUACCUUCAUAAAAUACCACUAUUUAAUAUGUACAAAGUUGGAAUAUGUGUAUAUCAGAAAUAAGGAAAAUUAUUAUUAUUGUUAUUAACUGGAGUUUUGGUGUGUUUUUGUUUGGAUGGAUAGGAGAGAAUAGUAGCCAUAAAAAGUCCUUAAAAUUACUGUAGAAAAUAGUCCUUAUUCAGAAAUUCUUUUGUCAGUCUUCUCUGAAGAAUUUCAAAAGGUCCAAACAACUUUUAGCUGACAUUACUGCCAGCAUUUUUCAUACUUGUUAGCAAUUGGUAUUUAUGAGUAUUUACCAAAGAGCUACCAAAGUUAUAUUGAAAGAGAGUUUGAAUGGUAUUGCUUAAAAAAAAAGUAUGUGUAUGUAUAUUCAUAUGCGUAUAUACACACAGUUACAUAUUUGUAAAACUCAUAAUUUAAAUUCUAUCAUAUAAUGCAAAUCAAAUUUUUACCUAAAAGUUCUAACAAAGUCCUUUUGUGAAUAUCUCAUUACCAUAAGAAUGUCUGCAAAUGUAAUUUGGACAUACCAUUAACUUUCCUUCCAAAACUGGAAUAGGUUCACUACAGAGCCUGAUUUUUCUACUCUUCAACACUCCACCCCUUCAGACACACACAAACACGCGCCCCUGUUUCUUUCCAGUCCUGCACCUCCAUCUAGUUUUCUCUCGGAGGAGUUUCUUGCAGCUGGAAGCAGCGUAUUUUGUGGUCGGUGUCUUGUGGCUGGAUACCCAGACCUCUCAGAAAGCACUAUGGCCUUAUCUCUACAGAAGGCCCAUACCACAGAGUUCAUUAGAAAUACUAGAUCUCAGUGAACGUUAGCCCUCCAUACAUUAAGGUAAUAUGUUGCCCAUUUUCUUCCCAAACUUUUGUAUCUGUUGCUUUUGCUCUGGAACUUUGCUUUUAGCAGGGAAAGCGGCAGUCCUCAGAGUGCUUUGAAUUGGGGAUCUACUCAACGUACAUUCUCUCUCCCCUUAAGAGGCAACAUAACACAUCUACAAUGCUGCUUUAAGUCUUCGGAAGCUACGCCUCAAAUUAGCGUGGAUUUUGUCUCUUGCACUGCCAAUAUGCAAUUGAUCCUGCUUUUAUUAAUUUUAUGAAGUAGACAGAAUUUUUACAGAAUAUAGUAUUUUGAUAUCAUUAAGUAAACUCAAUCAGAAAACUUGAGCAGUAGUUGUUUUGUUGUCAGUUUACGUUAGAAUCAUCUUUACACAUUGACUUAUAUUAACAUUCCUUUUCUAUAAAGGUUGUAUAUGUCCACCUAAAUUCCUGCAUCCAUAUUUAACCUUUAAAAUUGUGCAUUGGAGAGGUAUCAGAAAAUAGAGUCGAUGGCCAAGAAUAUAUAAAAUGUAAAAGCACAGCGAAACUGCAUUGCACUUAAAACAUAAAACAAAUCUAUUAGGAAAAAGCAUUUUUCUAAAUACUCAAAUGUUAUCAAAAUACUAUAUUUAUAGAAGUAAUCUUCUCUGUUAACAGCCAGGAUUUGCUGUUAAAAAUAACUCUUGUGAGUUUUAUAUUGUGAUUUUUGGGGGGUUCUAAUCAUUUCAGCAGUAGUAUGAAGAACAGUAUUACUAUAAGCAAUGUGCUUCAAAAUGUGAAUUGUUGAAACUGUGGCUUUAACAUCUAUGUGAUUAGUAUAUAUAUGGUAUUUGCUCUCCAUUAGCAAAACAAUUCAUUAUUAGGUAAACUUCGCUAUGGCAAAUUGCAGUUCUGUGAGCAAUGUUUCCUAUUGAAUAUAAACUACUGUCUAAAAUACACAUAUCGAGCAGCAGCUCAGCCUUUUUCAGGAAUAUUAUAUUUGGCAAGUUGCUGAAAAUGCACAGUUUUGAAAGUUAAAAGGUAUGCUGCAAAUAACUAGCCAUUAUUCUAUGUAUUAUUAAAAUAUUUACCGGUUCUGUUAAAGCAGAGCAGAAAUUAGACACUAAGGAUAUCUUUGUGAAUUCUUUGUUCUCUAUAGUACGUUGGUGUUUAUAUGUAAGAAUUUUAUUGCUUAUGUGGCAUACAAUAUUUAUAACUAUAUACUUUAUAGAAGUGCAGUAUUAAAGUCAGUGAUAUACAAACAUUAUGUACAUAUUCUGUGAAAUGUGCUGUCAUAUGAAAUAAACAUACCUGUCUUUA